AUGGACAGCUGUGCUCGAAUUCUCGAUCCUAAAGGACAUACUGAUGACGUUGAAAUGCGAGACAUGGGUAGUCAGUUCUUCCAAAUCAGAUGGUUCCCCAAAAUGGAAGGCGUACAUCAUUUGUCGGUCUUGAACAAGGAUGCACAUAUCUACGGCUCACCUUUCCCAUUCACCGUUGGACCGUUUGCAGAAGGAGGAGCUCACAAGGUGAGAGCAUCAGGAAUGGGUGUCGUCCGUGGUGAGACAAAUACAAUACAAACGUUCAAUAUCUACACUCGUGAGGCAGGACCUGGUAACCUAGUGGUAUCAAUGGAAGGACCAAGCAAACCACAUAUGGAGUUCCAGGAUCAUAAGGAUGGCAAUUGCUUUGUGAAGUAUAAGGUGGCCGAGCCCGGAGAGUACAUAGUUGGAGUCAAGUUCAAUGAUCAGCAUAUCACGGAUUCGCCGUUUAAAGUAUUUAUUGCGCCGGCCACGGGUGAGGUGCGUAAGUUGGAGCUGGCACAGUUCCACGACCAGGGAAUCCCAGCUGGAAAGGCCUUCACAUUUACUGUACUUACUCAUCGUGCUAACGGACAUCUUGAAGCGAAGGUAGUUACGCCGAGCAACGAGAUUGAGACUAUCGACAUUGUUCCGAUUGAGGAUGGUGAGAGUUAUGCGCUGCGAUUCCUCCCAAAAGAGAGUGGUAAUCACUAUAUUCACGUGACGCUGGACGGAGCACCGAUGAGGGAUUCACCAUUCCGUUUGAGAGUUGGAGGACGUGACCAAUGCGAUCCGACGGCGAUUAGCGUCACCGGUGAUGGUAUUAAGAGAGGUGCAACUGGACAGAAAUGUGAAUUCAUCGUCGUUACAUCAAAUGCUGGUGCUGGAACACUAACAGUUCAAUUGGAUGGACCAAGCAAGGCGACACUCAAUGCUUAUGAAUUGGAAAAGGGCUACAAAGUUCGUUAUACUCCACUGGCACCAGGAGAUUAUUAUGCAGCCAUCAAGUACAAAUGGAAUUCACAUACCUGGCUCUCCGAGGAAGCGGCUUACAACGAGUCGUCCUUCGUCAAGAUAGAUGCUGUUGCAAAGACUCCUAAGGGAACCGUGGUCCAAGUUCCGGAAUACAAAGGAGAUGCCACUAAGGUUGAGGCAAAAGGCGCUGGCUUGAACAAAUUCUUCCCUGGCAGACCUGCGAUGUUUACGAUUGAUACCGCCUUAGCAGGACCUAAUAUUCUUAUGGUUGGAGUGGUGACGACAAAAGGACCUUGCGAAGAAGUUGUAGUAAAACACCAAGGCAACGGCCACUAUGUUGUCACAUACAAAGUACCGGAUCGUUUGAAAGGCUUCAUCUUCAUCAAAUAUGGCGAUGAGGAGAUUCCGGGCUCACCGUUUCCAAUCGAGCCAUAG